UGAAAUGGCUGCGCAGGUCGCUGCGGUGCGCGCCGUAUCCCGGGGCCCGGAGGAGUCACCCCCGUUACCCUCGGGGGACCGACCCGGCCGGCCCCGGGGUGGCGGCAGGAGGCGGCGGGGACCAGCUGGCGAGGCUGUCGGCGGCAAGCGGGCCAGGCUGAGCCAGCCGCUCCUAGUGGGGCCCAGCCCGGCGGAGCCAAUGCCCCCGGCCGCCCUGCCCGGCCUGCCCCCGGCCGCCGCCGCGGGGCUCUUCACCUUCUCUCCCCUCAGCCUACCGCAGGGACCUCCGCAGCAGGAGCGGCACCAUCACCACCGCCACCGCCCCGCUGGCGGCUCCGAGCCCGGCCAGCCUGCCGGGGCCAAGCCGCACAAGGGGAAGCGGGGGAGCACCGGGGACGGGGCAGCCGGGCGGCCCAGCAAGCGAGAAGCUCCAGAUGAAAAUGGCAAAACCCAGCGAGUCGACAGUCUUAUUAUGAAGAAGAUAAAGAAAAAGAAGAAAAAGAAACACCGGGAGGAUAUGAGAGGGAAACGCCUUAAAAUGUACAACAAAGAAGUACAAACAGUUUGUGCCGGACUUACUCGCAUCAACAAAGAGAUUCUGACUCAAGUACAGAGUGAUAACUCGGAAGUGACCAAGGAAUCCUUCAGGUAUCUGAAGGAUGAGCAGCUGUGUCGAUUGAAUUUGGGAAUGCAGGAAUAUCGGGUACCCCAGGGAGUUCAGACACCAUUUAUGACUCAUCAAGAGCACUCUGUUCGCAGCAGUUUCUUGAAAACGGGCACUAAAUUUAGUAACUUUAUUCAUGAAGAACAUCAGUCUAAUGGUGGUGCUUUGGUCCUUCAUGCCUACAUGGAUGAACUCUCAUUUUUGUCUCCAGUGGAGAUGGAGAGAUUUGCAGAAGAAUUUCUUGCUUUGUCAUUCAGUGAAAAUGAGAAAAAUGCAGCCUACUAUGCUUUAGCCAUAGUACAUGGCGCAGCUGCCUAUUUGCCAGACUUCCUGGAUUAUUUUGCUUUUAAUUUCCCUAACACUCCAGUGAAAAUGGAAAUUCUGGGCAAGAAGGACAUAGAAACGACGACUAUUUCAAAUUUUCACACUCAGGUUAAUAGAACAUACUGCUGUGGAACCUACAGAGCAGGUCCGAUGCGGCAGAUAAGUCUUGUUGGAGCAGUAGAUGAAGAAGUUGGUGACUACUUCCCAGAAUUUCUUGAUAUGUUGGAGGAAUCUCCAUUUCUGAGAAUGACUUUGCCCUGGGGCACUCUUUCUAGCCUCCAGCUUCAGUGCAGGUCACAAAGUGAUGAUGGCCCCAUAAUGUGGGUGAGACCAGGAGAACAGAUGAUCCCGACAGCAGAUAUGCCAAAAUCACCAUUCAAACGGCGCCGAUCAAUGAACGAAAUAAAAAACCUCCAAUACCUACCUCGGACCAGUGAGCCCCGUGAAGUUCUCUUUGAAGACCGAACAAGAGCCCAUGCUGAUCAUGUAGGUCAGGGGUUUGAUUGGCAGAGUACAGCUGCUGUAGGAGUGCUGAAAGCUGUACAGUUUGGUGAAUGGAGUGUCCAACCUCGAAUAACCAAAGAUGUGGUUUGUUUCCAUGCUGAAGACUUCACUGAUGUGGUACAGAGACUUCAGUUAGACUUGCAUGAACCUCCAGUGUCACAGUGUGUUCAAUGGGUGGAUGAAGCCAAGCUAAACCAAAUGAGACGGGAAGGCAUUCGCUAUGCUAGAAUCCAGCUGUGUGACAAUGACAUCUACUUCAUCCCCAGAAAUGUCAUUCAUCAGUUCAAAACAGUGUCAGCGGUCUGCAGUUUAGCCUGGCAUAUAAGGCUCAAACAGUACCAUCCUGUGGGGCAGUCUUCUCAAAAUGCAGAAAGCAAUUCAAACAUGAACAGUAAUAUCCCUGAAAAGACAGAGUCAGAAGGUGAACCCCAAUGUGUGAGUGUAAAAACAGAGUCUGAGGAACCAGGUGUAGAAAUGCAGCUUACAACAGGGGCACCAUCCUCCUCUUCCUUAAUUUCAUCAAUAUCGGGACUCGUUCUGCAACCAGAUCAGGUGGCCCAGCCUCUUCCAGUUCUUAAACUAGAAUCUGAUCAGCAACAUAAUCCACAGGAUCACACAGACUCUUCUGUGUGAUAUGUACAUAGUCAAACAUUUUUUAACAACUUUUUAAAAUUUUGAUGUGAAGUUAUAGUUUUAUAACUUGCUUAUGUUUUAUUGGAGAAAUCUUGCCUAUAAUUCUAUAAAGAAACGUGACAUUCCAAAAUGUCAAGCAUAUCUUUUUUACACAGAUUAUGCAAAAGAUCAAGUUGUAUUUUACUCCCAUAGUACAGCAUGUAAUAGUGGUCUACCACUUCUUUCUGUUUAAUGAGGUAAUAAUUCAAUAUCUCCUCAUCAAAAUCAGAAUGGAAUUCCUCCAGGCGCUAAAAAUCACAGAACUAUCUUGGUAAAUCUAAUUCCCCUACUUAAUUUUUAAUUUAGCCUUCACCAUAAAAGGACGACUUCUGUAGAAGACUCUCCCAUCUGAUUUUAAUUGCUAAAAUCAAAGAGAAAGCACAGCACUUUUGAUGAUCAGUGAUGUUUUGGUCUGUCUGUUCUUAAAUUCGUGGUGGAUACUCAAAUUACUAGAUGUAUAGAUCUUUUAAUUUUUAAUUGUUAAACAGUUCAUAAAAAGGUGAAGUGUGACAUCUUAUCCCAUUGAAAUGUAAUCACUUAGACACAACACUUUCCAUAGUACUGCUUGUAAUGUUUGAUGUGAGGAUUUUGCUUCCUAAAUACAUCUUUCCUGAACACGACUAAUUCUAGUGUUAAUUUUUUUUUUUUUUAAAGGCAGUCUCAUGGAGGUAACUGCAUUCUUGUCUGAGCACUUUAAAGCAUUAAAAUACUAACAAUCUUGGCAGCUUGUUUUGAUAAAUUCACAAUAAGCAUCUGAUGGAAAACAUCCUCUCCCUGGUAAUGAUGCACUUAAUCUAAUAGAGUUGGGUCAGUGAUAACCGAUUUAUAUUGGUUGUCCUUAUUCUCUGAAGUUCUGUAUUGCUAUUUCAAAAUAAAAUAUUAUGGCAUUGGGUUGCUGUUUCCACUUGUAGCUCUUGGGUACCCUGGUGCUGUGUUUGCAAAAUCAGUGACACAAGCUAAUAUGUUGAGUGUCAUCUGCUGACAUAGUUCUUUUUAUAGUCUUAUGAUAUUUCUGGAUGUUUGUGUGAUCUGUAUUUGACUUUCACUCACCACUUAUAUAACAACUGUCUUUUCUAGUCAUCAGAAAGAAGAGUUCCCCCCAUACCUAGGAUACAAACUUGAUUUUGGUGUCACUGAAGUUGUCCCCAGACAACUUCAUUGUUCUAAUUCUCACUGGGGUAGGAGAGAGAUUUCUAACACUAUAUUAGAAUAAGGAAAAGAAAAGAUGCUGUGUUAUUAGUUCUGGGUGCAUCUUUUAAAUAUCAAUUAUGAAUCUUCUUUUUAAAAAGGUUCUGAAAUAUGUUAAUCUGUUAUUAUAAAUAUUACUUUGUGCAAUAUUGUUUUGUGUAGACUUAUAUGCAUCUUAGCACCUCAAUAUAGAGGUCACAAUUUUAAACUGAUAGCAAAAUAAUCAUCAGAAAAUACUGCAGUGAUUAGUUAGAAUCUGUAUUACUCCUUAUAUAUGUAUAUGUACGUAUUGUCUUCAGUACAAAAAUGAAGACCAAUUAGAAAAUAUUUCAGACUAAUUUACAGAUUGAAGUGGUGGUGACUUGUUUAGUAAUCUGUGUAAAUAAGGUGUUAGAAUGGAAAGCUUUUAUGAAAAGUAAUAUGAUUCAUGCAGGGGUAUAAUUUAAUUUUAGCAAAAAUUCUAGAUGAUCAAAGCUGGUUCAGAAACAGGCCCUCUGUUCUCUGGCAUUUUUCCCACUUUUUUGUUGAGAAGAAUUUUAUAGAGCUUUAAUGGGUUGUGCAAAGUAAAAUUCUUCACAGGCAAUAUUGGUUUCAGUGCCUCUUUCAUGUUCACGCUGGUUAAUAUCAUGUUAGUGUUAUUUUCCAUUUCUUUUUUAACUCACUCUGCUUGUCUUCCAAGUGCUCAUUUCCCUUCUCCCAGGUGGUAUUCAUUGGCCAUGUCAAAGAUGGUAUCAUCAUCUCUAAGUCAUUGCUAACUAAUAAGGUGAUUGUCCCUUGACAGUCAGCACUGUGUAUAAUCACUCAGGAACUGACAUAUCUUCAAAGACCUUACAAUUGAAGGAAAAGCUAUUCAUCCCUUUAUAAAACCAAUUCUCCCCGUAUAUCUUGAAAUUCAAAAAUUAAACAUACUUCGGCUACAAAGGUUCACAAUUUAAGACGCACUAUGCACCAUUAUUUUUUAUUUGUAUUCCUUUAGAGCUUGAAAUAAAAUGAAAAGAGAGACAUAUAAUUUGGAAAUGUGUAUUGGAAGUCUCUCUCUUAAACUAUAUUAAAUAGCAUGCUUUUAAACUAAUGCAUACAGUAGACCAGCAGAGUGCUUCACACUGUUUUCAAAACAGCAUCCUACUUGUGUGAAAUAAUCUAUUCUUUCUAAAGUAUCAAGAAAAAUCACUCUUUUACUUCUGUGGACUGAAUGCCUUUAACCACUGUACCAUACUUUCCUUUUACUCACUUAGUUUACUAGUUCAAAACGUAAAGUCAAGUUGAUGUCCUCCUCUUCAUUAUAAAUUAGUCAUCGAAUGAUUUGGAUGAUGUUGCUAUUAUUUUGAUGUUGUAAGCCUGAGGUAGAGAUUAAUAGAUGUUUGUUUCAGAUAAAAUUUCAUGAAGCUUUCAAUUUUAUAACUUUGUUCUUAAUUUUACCUGUACAAAUUUUAAUCCUUUAAUGAAAUAGUAAUGCAGUGUUUCUCAAACUGG